CCUGUGGACGCGGCUGUGGCCGGAAUUUCCAACGCCGGGCUGUCGGACGCAAACAUUGUCGGCUACCUACAGAGCACCGCGGCCGGCACAGUGGACAGCCUGCGGUUGAAUCAGUGCUGUCACGUGUUUGGCGAGAUACGGCCCCAGGCCCUUCGGCUCAAGUCCCUGCUGCUGAGCCACGACAAACCAUACCUGAACACGCGCCGGACGAUCGAUUACGAAAAACUUGAAUCGGCGUUGGCCCUACAGGUGUCGCUGCAGUGGUUGGAGAUCAAUCACCUCCCGGCACGUCUGCUCGGGGCCGUGUCCAGGCUGCACGAUCUCCGGCACUUGACGCUGAACUUGACGAUUAGUCACGACGAUGUGGAAUGUCUGCGGGAGUUCGCGGAAUCGUUGCGUGACAUGACGCGCCUCAGGACGUUGGCCGUAAACCGAGCGGUCGCGACAUCGACGGACGUCGGACUCGACGUGGUACUUCAGACGUUCGCGAUACCGGAGUGCGCAUACGAAUCGCUAACAUCGUUGGACUGUUCGUUGGACGGCAGCCUGUGCGUGUUGCGCGCCGGCAAACGGUUGUCCAGCUUGCGCAUCCGGAACGGCGACAUCCUGUCGGCCGGUGGAUUGCGACUGUUGUUCGAAAACCUCAUCGGUCUGAGGCAUCUGUGGAUCGACAACUGCUUCUGCCUUGACGACGACAUCAUGUCCGGCUUGCCGGUGUCUAACCUCAGAGGAUUGGUUUCUCUAAAGAUAUUCAACGCAAAUUUGACACACCAAUGUUUGCCAUAUAUUAAACUUUUGCAUUUAAACAUCUUGAUCAUCAACAAUAUGUCACUAGAAUCGUGCGUUGCAUUGAAUGAUUUGUCCGAUUUCCAUUAUUGUUUAAAGAAAUUUAGUUGUUUUGUACCCGCUUUAAUUCAACUCGAAUUACAACUGUAUUGUAAUCAAAUAAUGUUUAAAAAGUUACGUUUCGGAUCACUUUUUUCUAGUGACACAAACACAACGUUUAAAUCGUAUUUUAGAAUAUUGAAAAGUCUGGUACUUCUGUAUAGGUACACCUAACCUUUAAACUUAUUUUAUAAGUCCAUGCAGUUGGGUAACUGAUCCCAUAGUUUGAUUUUCAUAAGUUGAAACCCGAAGAUUUAUAUUUUAUUUUCCAAGAUACAUAAUUCAUUACAUAUUUUCAAAUACAAUAUAAAUUAUAUGUAUAGUUCAUAGAAAUAAAUUGGUACCUGGUUUAACUGUCCACUAUAACACUGCUGUAAACUAUAACUAUAGUAAAAAUGUAUUAUAAUAAUUAAUAAUAUGACCAUUGUAGACCAUAGACAUAUAUGACGUUUAUUAUUUGAUGUUUCAAUAA